GUCAGUGUUCGCCUCGUGUUUUGGCAAAUAUGGAGUGGAAUAACGAUACUGCUCUUGUGUUGAUUGAAGAAUAUAGAAAAUUUGAAAUACUUUGGAAUGUAAAGCACUCAGAAUAUUAUUCAAAAAUUAAAAAAAUGACGCAUGGGAAAGUCUUGUUCGGAAUGGGAAUCUGCCACAGCUUUAUGUUGAAGAAGCGCAAAAAAAAAAUGAAAAGUUUACUGGGCUCGUUCCGACGUGAGAAAUCCAAAAUAAGGAGCAGCGGAGGAACAGGAAAGGGUGCAAAGGAUAUUUACAUAUCGAAAUGGUUCGCGUUUGACAGCAUGCAGUUCUUAAUGGAUAGGGAUGAACCAAGGAGAGGAUUAAACACAGAAAAUGACGAAGCAGGACCAGACCAAGAGGUUUCAGAGGAAAGUCAACAAAAGCCGCUGCAGUCGCAUUUGGAGGAUGAGGGGAGAGACAUGAGUCCGGUUCCAUCUACUCAAAGCUUGCCAUCGCAGUUCACUACUGGUUCACAACCAAACUCGGUAAACAUACAAAAGAAGAGAAAACAGCAAACAGAGGACCCAAGAAUACAAAAAGCUUUUGAGAUCUUGGAAUCCAGUUCUAAACGCAGCAGAAGUGAAAACAAAUAUUCUGGUUAUUGUCAGCACAUUGGCCAAAAACUUAUGAGUUAUUCCAGCAGAACACAAACAUUAGUAGAACACGAGAUUAACACUGUGCUAUUCAGAACUGAUAUGGGUUAUUACGAUCGUCUUUCCACUGUAGCUGCCUUAUUGCCACCAUAUCCUGUUACCACAUUAUCUACCACUCCACAGCAUCCACAUUACACUUUCACAACUUCUAGCACACCAGCUCCAUAUCCGCAAUACACCACUCUAACCACAAACACGCCACUUUAAUCUCCUCUCACUGACCAAACUUCUAGCGCAUCUACAGCCACCUCCUAUUAUGAUAAUCCAUCAUCGACUGAUUCGGCUGUAAGCCAGUACUUGACUCAGUUUAGAGAAGAAAACUUAU